UCUGAUUUACUAGGGCACCCUGCUCUUUAAAAAAGCAAUUUCUCAGAUGUGCUCCUUGAGGCUAGUGUGACAGUAUACUACUGUAAGAUCAAAACCAAACCUGUAAUCCCUCAGAAAACCUCUCUUUUGUUUCUCAGCCCUGGGCAGGCCAGGUCUUCAUGCUGCUGUGGGUGUCGCUCCUUGUCCUGGCUUCCGUCACUGGACAGUCUGUCACUGAACCAAAACCUGUAAUUUCCCUCCAUCCUCCAUGGACCACCAUUUUCCAAGGAGAGAGAGUGACACUGACUUGUAAUGCAUUUUACUUCAGUGCACGAGAGAAAAUAAAAUGGUACCAUUGGUACAUUGGGGAAACUUCACAUGAAACCUUCAGAAACACCCUUGAAGUUCAAAAUUCUGGAGAGUACAGAUGCCGGGCCCAGGAUUCACCCCUAAGUAAUCGGGUGCACCUGCUCUUUUCUCCAGCCAACCUGAUCCUGCAGGCUCCACUUGACGUGUUUGAAGAGGAAUCCGUAGUUCUGAGAUGCCGAACAAGGGCAAAAGCAGGACUAAAUGCUGUAAUGCUGUACAAGAAUGGAAAAGUCCUGAAAGCCCUUGAAAACAUCUCUGACUUCACUAUUCAUCAAGCAAGUCUGAAGGACAAUGGUAUAUAUCACUGUACUGGAAUUAAGGAAGAUGGUCACUAUGUUUCUUCAAACUCAGUGGAAAUCCAAGUCCAAGAGCUGUUUCCACCUCCUGUGCUGACAGCCAGCCCCACCUACCCCAUCGAGGGGAGGGCGGUGACCCUGACCUGUCUGACCCAGCCCGUUCCACAGAGGCCAGAUGUACAGCUCCAGUUCCAGUUCCAGUUCCUCAGAGAUAACUGGACCCUGGAAUCAGACUGGCGCAGCUCCCCAGAAUUCCAGAUCACCACCGUAUGGAGAGAAGACUCAAGGUCUUCCUACUGGUGCCAGGCACGGAGAGUGACUUCCCUUGUCCAGAAAAAGAGCCAGAGAUUCCAGAUGUAUGUGCGAAGAGUUACUGCCAAAAUCCAAAUAUACACCUACCCAGAGUUGGCGCUUGAAGGGCAGAAGCUGGUUAUCAUCUGCUCAGUAGGUGGAAUCCAAGAGCCCAUCACAUUCUUCUGGUACAAAAAAACCAACAAGCUGAGCAGGAGAACAAAGAUUCAUACUUCCUCAGAAAGAGAAUUCAGGAUCCCUGUGCUGACAGACAGCCAUGCUGGAGAGUACUGCUGUGUUGCCAGAAACCGCCACUACUCCUUCUUCAGCGACUUGGUGACAGUCAGUGUGAAAGAAUAUCCUGGGAAUGAUUCGUGUGCUCAGACAAUGGCCUGGGGACCCAGGCGGCAAGGAGGGACCACUCUCAUCAGAAUUCCUGUGUCUCCUCCCAUCCUCACCCUCAGCCCUCUUGGUGCCCGGACUCUUGAAGGAGAUGUGGUGACACUUCUCUGUGAAGUUCAGAGAGGUUCUCUGCCCAUCUUGUAUCAGCUUUUUCAUAAAGGUGUGUUGCUCAAGAAGAUAGGAGCCACUUCAUGGAGGACAAUCUCCUUUCAGUUAUUUCUGACUGAAGAACAUUCUGGGAACUACUACUGCACAGCUGACAAUGGCCUUGGUCCCCAGCACAGUAAAGCCAUGAGCCUCUCUGUCUUUGUUCCAGUGUCUCGCCCUGUCCUCACCCUCAGGACUCCCAGGGCCCAGACUGUGGAGGGGGACAUGGUAGAGCUUCACUGUGAAGCCCAGAGAGGCUCUCCUCCAAUCCAGUACCAGCUUUUCCAUAAAGAUGUCGCCCUGGGGAGCAGCUCCAGCCCUUCUGGCGGGGGAGCAACCUUCAACCUCUUUCUGAAGGAAGAGCAUUCUGGGAACUACAUCUGUCAGGCCAACAAUGGCCUGAGGGUCCAGCACAGUGACACAGUGUCACUCAGUGUCAGAGUUCCAGUGUCUCGCCCUGUCCUCACCCUCAGGACUCCCAGGGCCCAGGCUGUGGAGGGGGACGUGGUGGAGCUUCACUGUGAGGCCCAGAGAGGCUCUUCCCCAAUCCUGUACCAGUUUUUCCAUGAGGAUGUCGCCCUGGGGAGCAGAUCCAGCCCCUCUGGAGGAGGAGCGCCCUUCAACCUCUCUCUGAUGGCAGAGCAUUCUGGGAACUACUCCUGCAAAGCUGACAAUGGCCUAGGGGCCCAGCGUAGUGAGGUGAUGACACUCAGUGUCAUAGUUCCAGUGUCUCGCCCUGUCCUCACUCUGAAGGUUCCCGGGGCCCAGGCUGUGGAGGGGGACAUGGUGGAGCUUCUCUGUGAGGCCCAGAGAGGCUCUCCUCCCAUCCUGUACCGGUUUUAUCAUGAGAAUGUCACCCUGGAGAGCAGUGUGUCCCACUCUGGACAAGGAGUGUCCUUCAACCUCUCAGUGACUGCAGAACAUUCUGGGAACUACUCCUGUGAGGUUGACAAUGGCCUGGGUCCCCAGUGCAGUGAGGCAGUGACACUUCACAUCACUGGGCUGACAGGGAGCAGAAUUGGCCCUGUUGCCACUGGUGUCACCGGGGGGCUGCUCAGCAUCAUGGGUCUUGCUGCCGUGGCACUGCUGCUCUAUGGCUGGCCCCUAAGAAAAGCAGGAAGAAGGCCUACCUCUAACUCCUCCAGGAACCCUUCAGACUCGGACUCCCAAGAGCCCACCUACCACAAUGUACCGGCCUGGAUAGAACUGCAGCCAGUGUACAGCAAUGUAAAUCCCAAAGGAGGAGACAUAGUAUACGCAGAAGUCCAGAGCGUUCCGGGGAAGAGCAAACAUGCAGUGGCCUCCGCACCAGGGCUUCUCAAGAACACGAUGAGUCCCACGACCUGUUUACCCUCCCACCUCCGGCCCGCCAGCCUCUGGCCCUCAGCUGCGUGCUCUCUCCCCCAGGAUUCCUCUGUCAUCUACUCCCAGGUGAAGGGCCCUUCAACCCCAGCCUCUGUGCCCCAGCUCAUGGCUCUCUCGGCUCCUCACAGAUGAGUCCGCACAGCUCCCAACUGCUGUCUCAGCCUCUGCACCCCAAAGCCACCCUUGGGGGAGAAGGGACACCCAGGUGGGGAGAUUUAAAAGACCCCAGGCCACAUCCAGUGGCCUCUGUGUCGAGUGCCCACACCCUAGACUGAACAGAACUCAGGGCCCUGCAGGACUCCAGCCUAUUUGUGAAUGACAACCAUGCCCUAGUGGUCCUUUUUCCUAAUGACAUGUUGCUCUCAACCCAGGGCCCCGUUGAGUCUCCUGGCUUCCUUAGUGGGCUUCAGCUUUGGUCACUCUUCUGAGUCCUGCUCACACACACAUCCCCACCAUUUCUCUAUGAGACCCACUCCUGAACUCUGCUGUAGACAACCUGCUCUCAGUGGGUGAUUUUCUCAGUUGCCAUCAGCUUGGUGGGGCUACUGUGGGGCUCUGCUAAACAGGACAGCACACGCCCCCGGAGACGUGUGCCCUGGGCUCAUUGUGGACCUCCCCACACUGGGACUGCAGGAUGGGACUUCUGCUCCCCCUCUGUCCAUCUGAAACUCUAAGCUCAACACCUGACACUGGGCUAACGUCUCUCCUGCCCAUGCGCCACUGUCUACAUGCCCCAGGAAAUGGAUUUCAUACCCUGGGAACUAGAUCCUUUCCAUCCUGCCAGAAGUAACCCAGCACAGUCAUGGCCAGGAGGACCAAAGAUGCAAGUGGAAUGCAUAUUGGAAUAUAGGAGUUGUUCUAUUACUAUAUGAUUGAAUGAAUAAAUGAAUGAAUGAGGAAGAUAUUAUGGGUCAUUACAAUGCAUUCUUGCCAGAAACUGGCAUCUGAUCCACUGUGCUCCCUAGGAAAUCAAGGAAGUACUCUUUUCUCCUCCCUGAGUAGGAAAUAAACUAAGGAAAGGAGUUCGGGUGAGAAAAGCUCCCUUCAGAAAGCAGGAAGUGUUCUCAAACUUUAAAGUGCUUAUGGUUCACCUGGGGAUCCUGUUAAAAGCAGAUUCUCACUCAGUGGGUCUGGGCAGAGGCUAAGAUCCUGAAUUUAUAACAAGCUUCUGCAAGAUACUGACGCUGCUGAUCCUAGGACCGUACUGAGUACAGGGCCCCGUGGGUCUUGGCAGAGGCCCAUGGAGAAGCACCGCGUGCUCCGGCUACCCACUGCCCAGCUCUGUGGGGGCCAUUCACGCAGACCACAUGCUCCCCACGCUGCCCUUCCACUAGAACGCUACCUGCUGCUGUCCCUGACAGAACUUCUCUGUGACAUGCUGGGUUUCUUCCCCAACCCUGGGCAGGGAAAAAGUAGCUUCCACCAUCUUUGUUUCCCCACCCCCAGGCCUCACACGUUUCCAUGAAGGGAAUUAAAAAAUACAUCUCCUCCAUUCAAAGUUGAUCAACCUCACCUUCGAGCCAUUGGCAUAUUUUGUUCCAUUUUUAGGAUGAGCAUCACACCUUAUCUUAAUCUCCACCCUCCAGGCAAUUGUAUAGGGGCUCAUGUCCAAGCUCCAUUGCCCUGGAAUAAAAUCCUUCAAGGGACUUUCAAGGGCCUUCUCCACCUGGCACUACCUACUUCCCUCUCCAGGCUUUGACAGGGUGGUUGCCCUCCACACCCUACCCUCAGUCAUGGGAUAACCUUCCCCAUUUUCUAGCACAGGCUCUCUGCACUUCCUCCUCCUGGAAGGCCUUUCCCCAUCGUUUGUAUAUACUAGAAUCCUGCUCAUUCCCCGGGCCCCAACUCAAAGGUCAGUUCCUACCAGAAUUUAUCUGUCUCUCCUUUGGGCUCCCUUAGCACUUUUAUAUAGUGAGCCUUGGAAUCACUAAUGGUUAAUGUUUAAAGAGAACUUAGAGUUUAUCUAGGCCACUUCUCUUAUUUUGUGGUUGGAAACUGAAGACUAGAGGGAAAGAGCAACUAGAUGGAAAUCACACAUUCAGUUAGUGGCAAAGCACAUACUGAGCUAAACCGAGGAUUCCCAGCACCCCGGACAGAGUUCUUUCCUCUCCAUGGCUCCCCUGCUAUAGGUACCUGUGCUUUUUUCUGUUUCCCUGAAAGACUGAGAGUUCCUUAAAAGCAAAGCCCAGAUCCAAUUUGUGUACAUCCAGAGCCAACAUAGUACCCGGCAUUCAGUUGGUGCUCAACGAAUGGCUGUCAAAUUGAAUGUUUAUGAAGUCCCCUGAUGCAUAAUGUCAGCUCCACAAAUUCAUCUAUGUCAUUGCCUGCUCUGUGUUAACCCAGAGAAGUGCAAUGCAUGUUCAGACCUCAGAGUUUUCUUUAUAAUGCCAAUAAAAUCAUUGCUACUAGG